AUGACACAGGUGCUGUCAUGUCUAACUAACUCUUCAUUCACUUUGCAGGCUCCGGAAACAAUCUUUUCACAAAUCUUCUCCUCUGAACACAACUCCGCCAGCCAAUCGGUCCAUGAUGAGUUCCAGCAGCACUUUACUUGGCUGGAUCUCAGUUUAGAUCAUGCAUUUGCCGUUCAACUCGCACCUUUACUAUUCGCUUCCAGUUGGGCCUGCCGAUAUGGUAAUGAGACGAGGUUGCAACCACAGUCCAGGCUGGAAGUAGCCUGGCGAGUUGCAAUUUUAUGCAAGAGGUCAGGCAUUAUCUUCCAGCAUCCAGAAUGA